CCGACGGGAUGUAUGGCACGGCGAGUGCCUCGGCCUGAAGAUCAGGGACGGCCUGUCCCUUCUCAGAUCGCUGGCUCAUUCGCUGUCUACUUCCCCUUCUUCUCUCCUCCUUCUUCUACAAAUUGCUAAAAGCUUCCUAAAAAGAAGCUGUAAUACUACAGCCAUGUCGACGACAACCACGGCGACGAGCACGGCCACGUCGCCGCCCGAGGGCAUGGCCGAGCUGCGCACCGACCCCAUCUUUCUCUCGCAGUUCCUCCGCCUUCCCCUCCAAAAGAUCGACACGAUCCACCCUUCUCCCUCUGCGCUGCCCGGCAAGCCGAAUGCGGCAGCGACGGCGGCGGGCACGGGUACGGUCCCCCCGACGCCGCUGGCGGAGGCACCGCCCCUCGAAGCGCUGCCUCAGGUGAAGCCCUGGCCGGCGUUCCUGGCAGAUCUGCAGAAGCGACUGGCGAACCUCGACGAGACCGAGGCGUACCAGCACAUUCUGCCGCCUGCUGCCCAUCGCGCGGGCGACCUUCCCAAGGCGACGAUGCUGCCGACGACGUACCUCUGGCUCAUCAUUCAGGCCUGGCAGCCAUUCAACCGCGUGCUCAAUCUCGAAGAGGAGGUCUCUGCCGGCGGCCAUACAGACAAGGGCGCCCUCCGUGGGCCCUUACAGAUCGGCGACCACCUGCCCCAGCACGAGCAGGGCGCCGCUGGCGUCGUCUUACCCCGCCAGGUCAUUUUCCGGCCAGACGAGCUCGAGACGGGAAAGGUGCGGGGCUGCAUCUUUGUGCGCGAGCCCUGGCUCGUUGAUCUGCGCCAUCUCUAUUCGACGUCGGACGGCUCGGAAGGCACGCCGCUGUCGCAUGAGGCGCUCGUGCCGGGCGGAGCGGACGAGGCAGACGCAGCAGGAGGCAAGACGGCCGCGGCUGUCGAGGCGCUGCAGGGUCUUCUGGCCUAUAUGAAGUCGACAAAGACGACGCAUGGGAUCUUGACGACGUACGACCACUUCAUCUUUGUUCGCACCACCCAAGACUGGUCGACAGUCGAGCUGAGCCCGCCCGUCGGGGCUCAGGACCGCAAGCUGACCGUCUUUGCCGCCCUGUGGCACUGGGCUAGAGACGUGGCCAGCCAGCCAUAG